AGUCCUGUCAGGACAGUGAAAUGCUCUGAGUCUCCUCCCGCCGUCCUCACCUGGGUUUUCGCUCCAUCAUACAUAUCCUUAAUUACUCUGGUAUAUGUCAGCGGCACUCCACUCACCUCCAAGAAUCUCCAAAGCACCUCUCUGGGAACUUUGUCGUAUUCCUUCUCCAGGUCGAUAAACACCAUGUGCAGAUCCUUCUUCCUCUCCCUAUACUGCUCCACCAACCUCCGCACCAGGUGGAUUGCCUCCGUCGUCGAGCGGCCGGGCAUAAUAAGUAUUCUUGAAUAUACCUAUAUCUGGAUGCUUCUUGAAGAAGCUUACAAGUAAAAAAAAAAUCAAGAAAAUAUCAUGGAUCAGGAAGAAACACAACCAAAUAGCCAGCAAGCUAACAAGCUUAUUCCCCACAAACCCCCAGAUAAAAUGAGCAUCUGCAACAAUACUGAAUCCUUCAAGUCUAAGCUAUUAGCUACAGAGCAAGUUAUUUCCUUGCAUGUGGAAGAAUGUUUGGCAUCAGAUAGCUCAAAUGAUACUAAUGAUAUUGAAGUCUUAGAUAAUGGGAUGAAAAUUAUUUCCCUAUCCAAGGAAGAAACAGACAGACUGUGCUCCCCUUGGAAACAUUCACUUAUCAUUAAACUUUUGGGCAAGAAAGUAACAUAUCAAUAUCUCCGGGAUAAGCUCAUCUCUCUCUGCCAACUGGCCGAAUCUUUCCCUCUAAUUGACUUGGGAUUAGACUUCUAUACUGUUAAACUAACACACGUUGAGAGCGUCUUCAAAAUUCUUCAAAAUAGGCCCUGGUUCAUCAAUGGUCACUAUUUAUCGAUCAAACGUUGGGAACCAAAUUUUGUUCCAGAAAAGGAAAAAGUAACUUACUCUGCGGUUUGGGUUCGACUCCCUUAGCUUCCUACAGAGUUCUAUGAUUCCCAAUUACUUAAAAAGAUCGGUAAUGCCAUUGGUAAAUUACUAAAAAUUGAUGCUUGCACCAACUCCGCCCUCAGGGGUCUUAUGCCAGACUCUGUGUUCAAAUUCCCAUGGAGGAACCAGUCGUCAGCAGUACCCAAAUUGGUAGCCAUAUGCAACAUAUUAUAUACGAAGGAUAAGGAUUUCUAUAUACUGCAUGUGGUCGAUUUGUUCACACUAUAGAUAAGUGCCACUAUAAUCCAACACCUCCACCACCAUCUCUUUCCCCCCGAGCUCGCAACCAGCUUCGAUGGAACCCAAAUUCCUCAUCCAAGAAUGGCACACGGUUAAAUUUCCAAAACGGAAAAUAAACAGUCGCAGAUAUGCCGGAGGAGCAGCACAAGCUACUAAUCUCCACCAUGCCCAUCCAGCAGCUAAACCUACUGAUAUCCGCCAUGCUCGUCCUGCAGAUGAAGCACCAACAACUAAGGUUAAUGUUGAGGAACUUGGGGAAUCUAGUGGUACAGCAUAAUUUCCGGCUUGAUAACACUGUUGCAGAUAGCCUUGCCAAAGCAGGAUCUCAUCUAUUACAUAUCCAAGCUCAACCCUUUUUGGUCUCUCCACCUCCUACUGUGAAAGCUUUGCUGCAACACGACCGAGAUGGAGCUAGUACUAGUAUAUUAGUGUCUUGGCCUGUAUGCCAUCACCUAGUUUCUCUAGGAAACCAGUCUGUAAUAAGUAAUUCUAGCGUCAAUAACUCUAAGACUUUAGCUCCUAUCUCUAGCCAUGUCUCUUCGGCUAUUUUGUUAAGGAAUGCUCCUGCUAUUCCUGCUACUACUACUUUCUGUAACUCUCCUAUAUUUAAUCUGUCCGCCGUCGCCGAACACUCAGAGUGUAGAGAUGUGUAUUUCGAUGCCAAUAUGAUUUCGAAGUCGUUUAUGCUGUAUUGUCAAUAUAGAGAUUUUUAUCUCAAUGCCUGUAUGAUCUCAAAGUCAUUCAUUUCACAUCACAGGAUUGAGCUUUGUAUCUCAAUGCCUUUGCAUAGAGAUUCACAUUUCAAUGUUCAUAUGGUUCCAAAGUCGUUCAUUUCACACGAUCAGGGUUGA